AUGGCGCCCACUCCGACGGCCACGAAUGGCCUUUUAAGACAAGUGAUACACUAUCAUCUUGAUAACGCCUCCUACGACAAUGCUCUCUUCUUCUCCGAACGCUUGACGGCACAGGACCCCAGGUCCAGCGAGUCUUCAUAUCUCUAUGCGCUAUGUCAUCUGCGUUUAGGCGAAUUUCGCUCCGCCUACGACGCCAGCAAACCCAUAGGUUAUCGCGGCGUCCACUUGGGCUGUGCUUGGGUCUUCGCCCAAGCUUGUCUGGCUCUUGAACGCCAUAAAGAUGGCAUUUCCGCCUUGGAGAAAGCUCGGAGUUUCUGGGCAUCAAAUAUUAGUUUGGGGAAGCAUAGCGCAACCACUAGAACCGCUCUUCCUGAUGCGCCUGCAGUGCUGUGUCUUCUGGGAAGACUUCAUCGUGGCUACGAUGAUAAGAAAAAGGCCGUCGCAUGCUUCGAAGAAGCUUUGCAGCUCAACCCCUUUAUGUGGGAUGCGUUCACGGCUCUUUGCGACCUCGGCGUCACCGUUCGCGUACCCAACAUCUUUAAACCUAACGACACGCUUGUCCAUAGCUUCGAUUUGGAGGCAAACCCCACAAGAUCAAGAGAAGGAUCUAUCCCAAUUGUUGCAGACGUGCCGACGAAGAAAUCCCAACGAAAUGUGGCAACGGACGCUGGAGGAGAUCCUUUUAGCUCGAGCCAUCCUCCUGCUGGACACGAGCUACCUAAUGGCGACUCGGCUCACGAAGGCGAUAAGAGCGACUUUAUGCAGAAGAUACAGGAGGGACGUAUGCGUUAUGCAACAUCAACUAACAGCAGCUCUGGCUUCGACGGCAUGGAGACACCGCCUGGUCCCGGUCCGAUAUCUUCUCUCACAACCUCCUCCCGCCAAGGUCAAACCCACGAGCCUCCUCAGGCGCCGCCUCGAAGAACACGGCAUGCUCAGGCCAUUGACCAAGGCCAAGAGGCGCCCCCAAGAAUGAACUACCGCAUUGGAUCACGACGGACUCGGGCGCAAGACAAGGGACAACAAGAGCAGUCGACAGAAAACGUGAUGACUGAUGCAUCCAAUGCGGCUCCUUCGGCAUCUUUGCGGUCGUCAAUACCAGCAGUGGAGAGGAAACGAACUGUCUCGGGACACCCAGCACAACGAACGACAAACCCGGAGGAACCAGCGAUGACCCGACGUAGUGCACGGCUCAACAUGUUUAGACCAUCAUCCAAAGCAAACUCGAGCGUGGCCACAAUGGGGACGACGGGUGUCCGGGAGUUAAAGAAGGCUAGACCCCCGAUUUCUCGCUUGGGUCGACCUGGAUCCAGCGGCUCUACUAGUGUCGGCCGCGUGGUCAGCGGUAACCGCAAGCCUCUGGAAGAAGCCCACCCCGAAGUUGAUCACGGCGAGGCACCGAGAGCCAAGGAGGCUCCUCCCCCACCACCUGUUCACAAAUCGUUUGAGCUCGAUUCUCAAAGACUCGAAGAUGGACUCAAGUGGAUACUGGAGCUUACAAGGAAGCUCGCAAGCGGAUACUACUCAUUAUCGCAGUUUCAAUGUACCGACAGUCUCCAGCAUUUCCAGUCACUUCCUAUGUCUCAUCAAAACACGCCUUGGGUGCUCGCGCAGAUGGGCCGAGCUCACUAUGAACAAGCUUCAUAUGCUGAGGCCGAAAAGUUCUUCCGGAAGAUGAGAGUGCAAGCCCCGUCCCGGCUUGAAGAUAUGGAGGUGUAUUCUACAACACUGUGGCACCUGAGGAGGGAGACAGAACUGUCUUUCCUGGCACAUGAAUUAGUUGACGCGGCCUGGCUUUCACCUCAAGCCUGGUGCGCCCUAGGCAAUGCCUGGUCACUAGCACGCGAUCACGAACAAGCACUCAAGUGCUUUAUGCGAGCAACUCAGCUGGACCCCAAGUUUGCAUAUGCCUUCACCCUGCAGGGACACGAGCAUGUUACCAACGAGGAAUACGAUAAGGCACUUACAGCAUACCGACAGGCGAUAUCAGCCGACCGACGCCACUACAAUGCUUACUAUGGUAUCGGAAGAGUCCAGGAGCGUCUCGGUGCAUAUGACAAGGCGUACACACACUUCCAUGCUGCUCAAAGCAUCAACCCUAAUAAUGCGGUUCUAAUCACUUGCAUCGGAACAGUGUUGGAGAAGCAGAAACAAAUCAUGCCUGCUCUACAAGCGUACAGCAAAGCAGUAGAGCUUGCGCCUCGUGCCGCCCAAACGCGGUACAAGAAGGCCAGGGCACUCCUUGCUGUUGGUCAAUUAGAAGCGGCACAGAAGGAGCUGAUGAUACUGAAGGACUUGGCGCCUGAUGAGGCGACAGUUCACUUCCUCCUCGGCAAACUGUAUAGAAGCAUGGGCGAAAAGCAGCUCUCGGUACGGCACUUUACUAUUGCCCUUGCCCUGGAUCCCAAGGCAAGUCAACAGAUCAAGGAAGCUAUUGAGAGUUUUGAGGACGACGUGGAGAUGGACGACUCGAUGAUGUGA